AUGCUUGAGCGAGGCGAGGGGGAUAAUUCAACAAUUUUGCCUCGAUUUCACUCCGAUGGAGGCCUCGGUGGUCGACCCGCGCGAAUUACCCAGAACGCCCUAUAUUGCGUUUUAUGUACGAGUCAUGGAUGGGGAAAAAUCAAAUUGAAUGGAAUAGACGUGCUUCUCGAGGUGCUACGUGGCAAUGCCAUGGAGACGCAGCCGUUCGGAAAUAAGGGGUAUGUUUCACUCUACACCAUCUCUUACCGAAUGUGCUCGAACGCUGGAUCGUGUGACCAUUCAAAAGCUCUUUAUGAUCGAUCGAAAGCGGAGAUGGAAAAAGUGCUCCGUAGUCACGUUCUACCCGAGCUGCAGCGAUUGAAGGGUAUCAGUACGACAGCAAAGGGAGGCGAGUACCUUCUGCGGCGAUUUUCGCAUCAUUGGACAUGUCACAAAAUUUUCUUGAAAUGGAUGCAGCAGCUUUUUCGUCACCUUGAUAAUGGGUAUGUUGCAAAUUCCUCAAUAGCUACUCUGACCUCAGUCGGUCUCGAGCUCUUCCAUAACAUAAUUUUUUCGGAGUUCAAGAGGGAGGUACGAGAUUCUCUAGUUCACGUCAUCGAAAGAGAACGUGACAAUAAGUGCAUCGACCCGGAAUUAAUUCGCACUUGCGUUAGUGUCUUCCCGACUAUGGGACUUUGCUCAAAAACUUCCGAUUUAAGAACGAUUCAAUCGGCGCUAUUGAUGCAACCAGACUUAGAUAUCUAUGAGACUGACUUUGAAAGCUACCUUUUGAAAAGAACAUCAGACUAUUAUGCGCGCCAGAGUCGACAAUGGUUGGAAGUUGACUCAAUACCUAUCUAUUUGAAGAAAACUGAGCUGGCACUCAAACAUGAGCUAGGGCGCGUCCGCAGUUAUUUACACUCAUCAAGCGAAUCAAAGUUGCUUACUGUCUGUGAAUAUGAAUUACUACAGACACACAAAGAUGCACUAGUUGACCGUGAAAACAGUGGUAUGAUCGUGCUGCUUGCCCAAGAUCAAAAUGAUGAUCUCAUGCGCAUGUUCAACCUAUUCCGUCGUAUCCCACAAGGCCUUGUGCCUAUGGCUUCGACGUUCAAGAAAUUUGUUUUGGCCCAAGGAACCUGUGUGCUCAAAGAGAGACUAAAUGAACAAGAACAGACUAACGGCGAGCGCAAGAGGCCAAGUUCAGAUGAUCCUUUAACUGUGGAAAAGUUGUUGUCCAUGCACCGCAAGAUGAAAACUAUGGUUGCGGAACUUUUCGGCCAGGAUAACAGAUUUCAACGUGCACUGAAAGAAGCUCUCCAAGACGUCAUCAAUACUGAUCUAUCUCGUGGCUUAUCAAACGUGGAAAUGCUCGUGAUGUACACAGAUCGUGUCUUGAGUGGCAAACUCAAGCUCUGUGAAGAGGACCUCGAAAAGAUUCUUGACGAGCUACUUGAUCUCUUUCUUUUCAUUUCAGAUAAAGACCUCUACUCUGAAUUGUACCGUGAACAUUUGGCGAAGCGCCUACUGUCAAAAAAGUGCACGUUACUUCAUGUUGAAAAAUCUUUGAUUGUGAAAAUGAAGACUCAGCAAGGCGAGGACUUAGAGCGCGUAUGGAGAGCUCAUCAAAACGCUGGCCGUGGUGAGAAAAGUUCUGGAGAUGUUCACGGGAAACUCGAGUUCUCAGUUCAGGUCCUCACUCAGGGAUUCUGGCCAACCCAAAGAUAUCGUGAAUUACAUUUGUCCCGUGAGAUGAUAAUUGCCAAGAUGGCCUUUGAUGGCUGGUACAGAGAUAGGCACAGUCAUCGCAUUCUAUCAUGGAUAUAUGCGCUUGGCGAUGUGACAAUCAAGGGGAUAUUUGGCGCCCGUACGUAUGAUAUCAACAUGAUCACAUUUCAGGCCAUGGUACUUCUGCACUUCAGCGAGUUCGGCGGGCAAAUUACAUUUGAUGAGUAUAAAGUUUUGAAGAAAUCCGGAAAUUCUCGCACGAUCAACUCAACUGUAGAUCAGUUUUACGCGGACCCUCUUUUUACUUCGAAAUUAAAACGUUUUUGUAUACAAAUGUCGUCGCUUGAUGGCGAAACCAAGAAAAAAGUGGACCAAGAGGUCAUACAGCAAAGGAGCUAUAAUAUCGAUGCUACGUGCGUGUCCCCCUUCCCGUAUGAAAUAAGGUUAGCCCACCAGGAAUUGAUGGGCGAAGUAAUUCAUCAGAUUCAACAUUUUAAACCAGAUAGUAAAUUAGUUCGCCAACGUAUUGAAGGGCUGAUCGAGCGAGAGUAUCUGCAACGAGACACGAAUGAUCCAAAAAUGUAUGUAUACUUGCCCUAAUUUAUGAGUCUUCUACUGCCCCCGACGCAUCAUGGGCGAUAUUUCGUGAGAUGGGCGAAAAACUACGCCUUCCAGAGUGGCCCCACUCGCGCACUCAGGCCCAAAUCAAGCCCAUGAACGAUUCCCCUCACCGAACCCAGGGCGCUGUCACACUACUCGUGGUAAAUUAAAGUCGAAGCU